GCACUUUUGCGCUCCCGGGCGUCCACAAACACCCCACAACCGCAGUGGUACAAGUCUUCAGCUCCUGUCAUGUCGGCGAAGUUGACGCACCGAGUUCAGUUAGAUCUUCUUCUUGUUUCCCCCAUUUUAUCGUUUUUAAGAAUUACAAUCGAGACCUCUCCGAAGAGCGCAGUUGAGCUGACAUCCCCUCUCCUCUAAUCUCCCGAGUGCUCUCGGCAACCGAACAUGGCGGCCUUUGACAUCAUCUACGCGCUGCUCACCUACUCCGCCGGUGCUUUCUCGGUGCUGAUGAACGCCUCGCCGGUACUGACGAUCCGCCGCGUGCAGCAGGCUGGCACCGUCGGUGCGUCGACCAUCACCUUCUACGGCGCGCAAAUGUACAAUGCCGUGACGUGGGCGUCGUACGGCACGUACACCACGUCCUACCCGCUGCUUGUGUCGAACAUCCUGGGUAACGCCGUGGCGACGUACUGCAGUCUGACGUGGCUGACCGUGGGACGGCGUGAGACGAAGGCGGGCCGCACAUUGGAGUCGACCACCUACUCGCGGAGCGUCGUGACGUACGUCUUUUUCUUUCUGCUUUCCGUCGCGCACCUGCUCUUCAGCAUCGUGUUCAUCCUUGCCGGCAGACCCGACGUGGCCAAGACGAUGACGGGUUACGAGGGAAGUGUAGCUUCGUUGGUGAUGCUCAGCGCCCCGCUCGCCAUGUUCAAGCACAUCGUCCAGACCAAGAACGCCGAGGUGCUCGCCCCUGUCAUGGUCACCUUUGCCUUCUUCAACACCCUCUUCUGGACCAUCGCCGGCUUGAUGACGGGCGAUCCCUUCAUCAUCUACCCCAACGGUCUCUGCUGGCUUGCGUGUGUGGGGCAGAUCGUUCUUCUCUUCAAGUACGGGCGGCAUCCCGUGCAGUCGGAGGAGAUCAGGGAGGCCAUCGCACCCGUUCCUUUCGACUAG